AAUAUUGUUGAAGGUUCAAAUAAUACUUUUGAAGUUGAAGUUUCACAUUCAAUUACUUCAAGUUACAUAGUUAAUAAAUUUCAAUCUGGUUCUUUUUCAGAUGAAAUCUUUGAUGUUAAAGAUAUUAGAGACA